GCGUCUGGAGCGACGGUGGCGCCGGCGCCGGCGGCGGGCUUGGGUUGCGCGCUGGCAGCAGGUUCGCGGCCAGGACGGGCGCCGCGGGCCGCGGCGGGGGGACACGCAACUGAGGUGGGGCACGAAACCCGCGACUUCACUCCGGCGGCGCCGCUGCUGCUGCUGCAGCGGGGCCCGGGCGCGCGGCCCGGCAGACGGAGGACGGAGCACAGCUGGGCGGCGGGCGUCGCGGGCCGGGGCGUGCCAGUACUGGAAUGGAACCCAGGUGUAGGCAAGUGCUCUACCACUGAGCUACAUCCCUCUUCCAGCAAAACUUGCAGAUGAUGGAGUUGGACAUUCUCCCAUGAAGAAAUGCCACGUGGUCCAAAAGCAAACAUGUCCAGGCUAUUGCCACCUUAGGAGACGAGGACUUGGUGACAGUGCUUCCUGGGGAAUCAGGUGCUCUCUGACCCAGGAAGAAGAAUCCUCCCCAAUGACAUCAUGACAGCAAGAGAGCACAGCCCUCGCCAUGGCGCCAGGGCCCGUGCAAUGCAGCGGGCUUCCACCAUUGAUGUGGCAGCUGAUAUGCUGGGCCUCUCUUUGGCAGGAAAAGUACAAGAUCCAGAUGAACCCAUUUUAGAAUUCAGCUUAGCUUGCAGCGAGCUGCAUACUCCAUCGCUAGAUCGAAAACCAAAUAGUUUUGUAGCAGUGAGCGUCACCACCCCUCCCCAGGCGUUCUGGACGAAGCACGCACAGACGGAGAUCAUUGAGGGAACCAACAAUCCUAUAUUUCUGAGCAGUAUUGCCUUCUUUCAAGACUCUCUUAUCAAUCAGAUGACACAAAUCAAAUUAUCUGUGUAUGAUGUCAAAGAUAGAUCUCAGGGAACAAUGUAUUUACUGGGCUCUGGAACAUUCAUCGUCAAAGAUCUGCUCCAGGACAGGCAUCAUAGGUUACACUUAACACUAAGGUCUGCAGAGAGUGACCGUGUGGGCAGCAUCACCGUGAUCGGCUGGCAGAUGGAGGGGAAGUCAGACGAGCGGCCCCCUGUGACCCGGUCUGUAGACACGGUCAAUGGGAGGAUGGUUCUCCCUGUUGACGAGAGUUUGACCGAGGCCUUGGGAAUCCGAUCCAAAUAUGCUUCACUGAGGAAAGACACUUUACUGAAAUCGGUGUUCGGGGGCGCCAUCUGCCGCAUGUAUCGGUUCCCAACCACCGACGGCAACCAUCUGCGGAUCCUGGAGCAGAUGGCCGAGAGCGUGCUUUCCCUGCACGUGCCCCGGCAGUUUGUGAAGCUCCUGCUAGAAGAAGACGCGGCCAGAGUCUGUGAGCUGGAGGAAUUGGGGGAGCUCUCCCCUUGCUGGGAGAGCCUCAGGCGCCAGAUUGUCACCCAGUACCAGACUGUCAUCCUCACGUACCAGGAGAACCUGAGCGACCUCCAUCAGUACAAAGGUCCCUCAUUUAAAGCAAGCAGUUUGAAAGCCGAUAAAAAGUUAGAAUUUGUUCCCACAAACCUGCAUAUACAAAGGAUGAGAGUUCAAGAUGAUGGCGGAUCAGAUCAGAACUACGACAUUGUUACCAUUGGAGCGCCAGCAGCACACUGCCAAGGUUUUAAAUCAGGAGGUCUCCGUAAAAAGCUGCACAAAUUUGAAGAGACCAAGAAACACAGUUUUGAGGAGUGUUGUACAUCAUCUAGCUGCCAGUCCAUAAUCUACAUACCACAGGAUGUCGUCAGAGCCAAGGAGAUCAUUGCCCAGAUCAACACCCUGAAAACCCAAGUUAGUUACUACGCAGAGCGGCUCUCGAGGGCAGCCAAGGACAGGUCCGCCACUGGUCUUGAGAGGACACUUGCCAUCUUGGCAGACAAGACCCGGCAGCUUGUCACGGUCUGCGAUUGCAAGCUGCUGGCCAACUCCAUCCAUGGGCUGAAUGCUGCACGUCCCGACUACAUUGCCUCCAAGGCCUCCCCAACCUCGACUGAGGAGGAGCAGGUGAUGCUUCGGAACGACCAGGACACCCUCAUGGCCAGGUGGACAGGGAGGAACAGCAGAUCUUCCUUGCAGGUGGACUGGCACGAGGAGGAAUGGGAGAAAGUGUGGCUGAAUGUAGACAAGAGCCUGGAGUGCAUCAUCCAGCGGGUGGACAAGCUGCUGCAGAAGGAGCGUCUGCACGGCGCGGGCUGUGAGGACGUCCUCCCCUGCACGGCCAGCUGCACCAGCAAGAAAGGUAACAGGGACAGCCACGCCUACUGGAUCAGACCGGAGGACCCCCACUGUGACGCCCCCUGCUCGCCAUGCCCCUGCUCCAUGCCCACCGCUGCAUGCCAUCCUCACCUGAGCACACAUUGCAGCCCCCCUCCUGAAGAGUCCAGCCCAGGUGAAUGGAGUGAGGCUCUUUACCCGCUGCUGACCACCCUCACUGACUGCGUGGCCAUGAUGAGCGACAAGGCUAAGAAGGCCAUGGUCUUCCUGCUCAUGCAGGACAGCGCCCCCACCAUCGCCUCCUACCUGAGCCUGCAGUACCGCCGGGACGUGGUCUUCUGCCAAACCCUGACCGCCCUCAUCUGUGGCUUCGUCAUCAAGCUGAGGAACUGCCUGCACGAGGACGGCUUCCUGCGGCAGCUCUACACCAUCGGGCUGCUGGCGCAGUUUGAGAGUCUGCUGAGCACCUACGGUGAGGAGCUGGCGAUGCUGGAGGACAUGAGCCUUGGAAUCAUGGACUUGAGGAACGUGACCUUUAAAGUCACACAGGCCACUUCUAAUGCAUCAACUGACAUGCUGCCCGUCAUCACAGGAAAUCGCGAUGGGUUUAAUGUGCGGAUCCCCCUGCCAGGCCCGCUGUUUGAUGCCCUGCCCCGGGAGAUCCAGAGCGGCAUGCUGUUGCGGGUGCAGCCUGUCCUCUUCAACGUGGGCAUCAAUGAGCAGCAGACACUGGCCGAGAGGUUUGGUGAUACAUCUUUACAAGAAGUUAUCAACGUGGAGAGUUUGGUGCGAUUAAACUCCUACUUUGAACAGUUUAAGGAAGUUUUGCCUGAAGAUUGUCUACCUCGAUCCCGAAGUCAGACCUGUCUGCCAGAGCUGCUGCGGUUUCUGGGUCAGAACGUCCAUGCCCGGAAGAAUAAGAAUGUGGACAUCCUCUGGCAAGCCGCCGAGAUCUGCCGCCGCCUUAAUGGGGUCCGGUUCACCAGCUGCAAGAGCGCCAAGGACCGCACGGCCAUGUCGGUGACGCUGGAGCAGUGCCUGAUCCUGCAGCACGAGCACGGCAUGGCGCCGCAGGUCUUCACGCAGGCCCUGGAGUGCAUGCGCAGCAUUGGAACACGGGAGGUAGUCACCCAGAAGAACUUGAGCGGCCUGGUGCCCAUCCGAGACUUAAGGCUAGACCCCAGCCUCCUCUGUUCCAUUCCUUUAUUAGCUCUGAGCCCCAAUUUACUGAUUGUGUGGCUCUUUCUGAGCAUAGCAUACCUGGUGACCAAAUUGCGUUGCAAAUGAAUAUCAUUUUGAAAAAUUAAUAAGUCACAAGGAAAACAAAAGUGCCCGAAUAUGUCCAGCCACCGAGUUCCUAAAUGGACAGAAGGAAGGUGUCAGAGCGUGGUCUGCCAAGAGAUGUCUCAUGCCUUACAGUUUGACGUUUUGUCCUUCUGAACUGUAAAUACCUGCCAAAUUAUUUCGCCAAGAGGACUCGUUCAUUUACUCACGUAGCGUCUUCAGUGCUUGUGACAUGUUCUCAACGGCACCCUAAUGUUCUGCGUUGAUCUGGCUGGCUUGCAAUUACUUGUACCAAAUCUCUAACUUCCGAUGUAAAACUAUUUAUUACCUGUACAUCUCAGUGUGCCCUAUUCCAAGAGAAAGGAGUUCUGUCUGGAAAUAUUUGUAUAUUUGAUACUAUUCUUCAAGUGUACUGCGAACCUUUCUGUUCCUUUUGAAGAAAAUGAAAAGAAAUAUAUAGAUGCUUUAUAACUGGCUCAGCUAGUUAACCUAUUUAAUAGGACAUGUACUUUCUGCUUUCAUUUCAAAGCGUAGUCCCUGGAUUAUAGUAGCAAACAGUUUGCAGAAUCCUAACAUCUUGCUUAUGUUCAUUAUUUUUGAUUGGGGUAACAUAGCUGUGACCACAGUAACACCUUGUACCAAGUCAGGCACAGGAAGAUAGCAUACUGCAUGAGACUUCAGGUUUAUCCUAACUCUUUCAGUUCAUUAAAACUGACUCCAGGAAUUCAUGCACAGAAUAACAAAAGGCCAUUAGAGUCGCAUACAUUUAUUUUUCUUGAAAUACCAUUUUUCAUUUGUAAAAUGAUAUCUUGAAUUCCAGAUCAAAGUUCAGACAGCUUUUUUCUCUUAUCAAUCAAAUAUAGUUAACAAUGAACAAAAAAUAAUCAAAGGAAAAUUACCAAAAAACAAAAGUUUCGCUUUGGGGCAUUUGUGGCAGAUGGAGCUAUGAGAGAGAAAGGUCACUUUGGUUUCUGCUUAAUUUUAACAUGGCAGUGCCCCUAACACAGUGUGUCCCAAAACGUGUGGCAGAAGACUAACUGUACACUUGUAAAGGUAACCAAAUAAAUUUGGGGAAAUUCUACAUGCCCUGUGUAAGAAACGGUGGCCUCUCUCUUGUUCAGUCAUAUCAUGUUGUGCUUCUGGUUUUGCUCUCCAGCCACUUCCCCACAUGCUGUUUUACAAGUGGGUUUCUUUUUACCACUCUGGAAAAACUGGGUGAAUUACAGAAGUUGGCUUUUCCAGAACCUUGAUAUCUUGGUGCACACAAACCCAGUUCACCACAAAAGCUGGCCUCUCUCCUCCCUCCUCUCUCCAAGACUUCCAGACCUUCCUCUGGGGUUUCUCUGAUUUGGCCUCAGCCCAGAGUUACAUGCUAGGAAAGCAGUACAAAUGCCAGGCUGAAACUCCAGAUUUUACAGUGUAAGAUCAUCUUUAUCACAGCCCAAGAGUGCCCUUCUUUCUAGACUCCCCGGCACUGCAGGAUUCCCAGGGAAGGUGUCACCUCUGGGUCACCCAGUGGGCGGGUCCCCUUGUCUUCUCUGGAGUAAGUGUGGUAGCUGUGCCCUGGCAUCCUCCAGGUGAGGCUCACUGACUGCCAGCUGAUGGGCAGCACUGAGCCGUAGCGCAUGACACUAGUCACCAGUGUCCCGUCCAGUCUGUGGUUCUUUGGAAGGUGUUUGACGCUUGCCUUAAGGUAUCAGCUGUCUAAGACCGUUUUAUUUGCUUCAUUUGAAGGAGGGAAAAUGGAACCCACAGCCUCCUGUUCCCAUCCAGGCAGUGCAUUCCAUGCGCACGCCCACCUGCAGGGUGGAGCUACUGGCUGGGCAGCGAGGAGGGAGGCCCUCUGACCACACACCCCGCCCUCUCUCCAGAGCCCCAGAGUGCUCUGUGGCACUUUGCAGGGGCUCCUCUCAGGACCCCACCUCACAGCAAAGGGAAACCAUGGCGGCCAGAGGAACCCCUCUGAGGGCCUGCAGGACAGCAAGGCCUGCUCCUCACCAGCCGUGGUGCCAGCAACACCUUCCUGUCCAGCACAGGCUUGGCUGUUGGGUUGAGAGAGAGAAGGAAUGGGAGGAGGAGAGGAGCAAGUGUCUUCUCCAGGAGCCUCCAGUCGUGGAAGACUGGUAUUGGGAGGGCCACCUGAGACCACGUAGGCAGAGGGAUUGUUUUCUUUCCAAUAUCUGAGGGAAGAAACUCGGGACGCUCUCCUUUUAUGCUAAAUUUUAACGUCACUACGGCUUUCUGCUCAUGAAAUAGGCAAAUACACUUCAAAAUCUUGUCUGCUUUAGUGAGACUCAGGCAGAUGAAGCAGGGACGGGGUGGUUCAGGGAAGAGGAGGCCCACCAUUGGUGAUGGUGUGGAUGGCUUGUGAAGUAACGUCAGUGCCUGGGCAUGGUAGAUGUCAGCUGCCCAGAGCCAGCCGACCAGGGCCUUGGCAUUAAGUCAGCCCUCUGAAGUCAGAGGAACCACCCUGGGAAGUGGUUCCCAUUAGUGUGACUGUCACCAUUUGCUCUGGUGGCUCAGUCUAAGCAGAGCUCUAAAGAAGGGCACGUUCUCCCUUCACAGGGCAGCUCUUGGUCUCAGGCUCCGAGGGCUCUAGAUGGGUUCUGAGGUAGAGAUCUCUACUGGAAAGGGAAACCAGAGGUUUCCCUAAAACUCAUCGUUUUAUAGGUUUCCAUCCAAAUUUUUGUUUCAAACAUGGACGUCCUUGAAAAUUAACAACUUAAUGGUACGAUUAAAAAUAAAAUCAUGUACCUUCAAAAUAAUUAAUCCCUCUUGUUAAAAUCCAUCCAAGACCAUCUGAACAUGUGCAUGGACUCCUAAAACUUCUGCAGCCUGGACCCCAGCUUUAGUCCCAGCUCAUGGAAACUAGCAGAUCACAUGAUGACAGCGGCCGCACGUCACUGUAGCCAGAUCAGCCACAGCAGCCAGAUCUUAUAAAUGCAAAUACUUUGGAGAAAUAAUUUGAAUUAUGACUAAUUUGAAAUGAAAGUUUGAUUUCAAUUAUAAUUUCAUGUAUAAUAGAGUCAGUCAGCUAAACCAGGGGUCAGCUCCUUUCUCAUGUAAAUACAAGAGUAUCAAAGUUCACAAAAAGUUCUUCCUGCUCUCAAGGGAGUGUGGCAUUUACUAGUGAAAGGAAGUUUUGAUGUUUCUAUGUUUCUAUAUAAAUGGAGAAGCCAUAUCUGAAAUAGUCCAUUGAUGUAAUAGCUUCGAAAAGUUAAAGGAUAUUAACUGUAUAGGAGCCUAUAGCUUCUGCUUUAAAUAGAGUUAUAUUUUUCUGUGAAUAUUAUACAAACAUGAUCGUCAUUUACUCUGGGGUCCCUGCUCAUGUAGCCCAGGUGUUCGGCUUAGAUGACACACAUCCAGCUGAGGGCUUGAGGCUCUGGGACAAGCAAGUGUACCUGAGUCACUGUGUUAGUUAUAAGCCACCAGGUGGAUACUUUUUUUAAAAAAAAUGCCCAAGCUUAUCUUUUGAAUAAAAACUACUAUCUUACCAAAAACUCUUUUACAGUUCUUGAUAAUGAGACUGUCAUUUUCACUUAAAAGGCUUGAGCAAUUGCCACUGAUAUUUUUUUAAAUGCAUGACAUAAUGGUCUUCAUACAAUUUGAAGUAUUUUUUUCAAUCACUGUUUCUUGGUAAUGGCAAAUUUUACAUCUCAUAAGGGGGAUUUUAUACUAACCUUGAUAACGAGUCGAUUUCAUUGCUAGUGUUAGAACAGUGUAGCAGUACCAAGGCACACUGCUGUGGGAAGUCGUUUACAGCCAGAGUCGCUUCUGCCUGUUAAUCUUCUGUCUGCACCAGGACCUUUCCAGAGAACUCCCCUGAGGCCCCACUUGCCUGCGCAUCCUCCUGGCACCAUCUGUUGUGCCACUGGGCUGCCAUGACCACCUGCCAUCCAGAGCAGCCGAGGAUGAGGCUGGUAGUGAGUUCUCCAGGGAAGGGCCCCGAGGUGCCCACGGUGAGGGCAGUCCACCCAGAGAAGGUGGUGGUACCACCAGGUGACCUCAGGGGGGUCACUCCUCUACAGCUCCAGCCCCGAUAGCCACACAGACCUACUCUGCAGGCAGCGCAUGGCCAGUGGGGUUGCUUUCUGGCCCCUGGGUGGAGGUGGGUGUCAGAGUAGCCUUCUCAGCCAGGGGCUCUGCUGCAUACGGAUUCUGCAAGGAAACUGAGCACGUUGAGUUCGAUAUGAUUACAGCUCUGGUUAAAUACAAAAACGCAGCUCUUUAAAGACUUUGGUAAGAGCAGUAGUAGGUCUCGUCCUCUUUAAUUACUGCCUGACAGAGCCUCUGAACCACGAGUCAUGAAGAGCCCCAGAUAACCAGACUUGGGGUACAGGAGCCCAUCAGCUUAAAAACGGUGGCUUCCACCUGAGUGCAGCCCUGCUGGGAAAUGUGGCACUCCAACCCCAGCCUGUGUCCACCCCUGUGCUGCUUGACUGCCGUGUUCGGAAAUCCGCCAUCUUCCGUGCGUGUUUGUUGUAGAGAGUCCGGCACCCAUUUAAAUUAACUUUUUUUUAAUGCUAUGAAAAUAAUUCAUUUCAUCUUAGUUUAAGUCUUUUCUUUUUUCCUUUUUUACUGCUGUCAUUUCUUGUGCUUGUUUUUUU